AUGCCGCGGUGGGUUAUCUUUGACUCACGAAAAAUUCUUACCACUACUUUUUCUACAACCUUCAACCACACAAAAAUAAUGUUGAGCAAUUUCUCAAAGAAAGCUGCUUCUUGUAAGCGUUUCUUGGCCACUGCCGCCAAUUCGUUUUCAAAAACGUCGUCUUUGGACAGAGCUACCUUGACCAUAAAGAAUGGACCAGUUUUCAAUGGCUACUCUUUUGGUGCAAACAAAAAUAUCAGUGGAGAAGCUGUCUUCACCACCUCUUUGGUCGGAUACCCUGAGUCGAUGACGGAUCCUUCCUACAAGGGCCAGAUCUUGUGUUUCACACAGCCCUUGAUCGGAAACUACGGUGUUCCCUCAUCCACCGCAAAGGACGAAUUUAAUUUGUUGAAGUACAUGGAAUCGCCCACCGUGCAAUGCAUUGGUAUUGUGGUUGCAGAUGUGGCUUUGGAGCACUCCCAUUGGACUGCAGUGGAGUCUCUCCAACAGUGGUGUCAAAGAACCGGUGUGGCUGCCAUCACUGGUGUUGACACCAGACAAUUGGUGACAUACUUGAGAGACAAGGGUUCUUCGUUGGCUAAGAUUACCAUUGGUGAGGAAUACGAUGCCGAUGAAGAUGCCGCUUUCGAGGACCCUGGUUCCGUCAAUUUGGUACACAAGGUGACCACCAAGGCGCCAUUCCACGUCUCUUGCCCUGAUAAAUAUGACAAAGGCUACCACGUGGCUGUGCUUGAUUGCGGUGCCAAGGAGAACAUCUUGAGAUGUCUUGUGCAAAGAGGCGCUUCAUUAACAGUGUUCCCAUACAACUAUCCUAUUGACAAGAUUGCCAACAAGUUCGAUGGUGUGUUCAUUUCUAACGGCCCUGGUGACCCAACUCACUGUUCCGAGACCAUCAGCAACUUGAGAAAGACCGUCAAGAACAACGAACAGUUGCCUAUUUUCGGUAUUUGCUUGGGCCACCAGCUUCUUGCAUUGGCUGCCGGCGCUAAGACCGUCAAGUUGAAGUACGGUAACAGAGCCCACAACAUUCCAGCUUUGGACUUGGAGUCUGGAAGAUGUCACAUCACCUCGCAGAACCACGGAUACGCCGUGGACGCAGAGACCUUGCCAGCAGAAUGGCUUCCAUAUUUCACCAACUUGAACGAUUUGUCCAACGAGGGCAUGCAACAUGCCACCAAGCCUAUUUUCUCCACGCAAUUCCACCCAGAGGCCAAGGGAGGUCCUUUGGACACCGCCUUUUUGUUCGAUAAAUUCUUCGACAACAUUAAGGCUUACAAGGAGAAGAACGGCUUGGAGCUGUACAACAUCAAGAACUCCUUAAUCGUUGACAUUUUGCCUAAGGAGAGAGUCAUUUAA